AUGCAAGAAAAAGAUGGUGAUGAUGCUGACGAAGAGGAGGAGGAGGAGGAGAAGGACGAGGAGGACGGGGAGGUAAGAUUCGGAAAACGUGUUCGAAAUGCUUCUCAGCUCACCACAAUCGCCGCACGGCUCUGGUCGAAAAAAGACACAAAGAAAGGAGAAGAAGCAUUGUUCACACCAUCCAAAGCAGAUAUUGAGAGCCAGUUGAAAACUUGCCGUUUUCGAGAUGUGUUCAAUGGCGGUUUGGGUACAACGAAUAUCACUACCGCCUGUCACGGUAUGUUUAUGUAUGUUGCUCCAUUUGCCGAUGGGGUAAAUACCGCAUGCAAGGCAAAAGUAUCCAACAUACGCUACUCCUUCAAGUAA